UGGUUGCAGUUGAAGUUACGCAACGCGGGGCUGUAGGGCGAGUUGUCACUGCAGUGAGAGACUAAUUGGGGCGCCUCUUAGACCCGAAGUAAUAAUGGAUGCGACGAGGACGGAACCGCCAAAGACCUGUUACACGAUGCUGCUGAAAAGUGUAUCAAUAAUUGUAUCCACUGAAUUAGUACAUUGUAUCCAUUCAGAAUGUUCCCGUAUCACCGAGCUGCUGUACUGAAACACUAGACAGGUUUCAUACUUGAUUUGAUGAACAUUUAGAAAAAAAAGAUCAUGGACAUUGCCUCAGGGAUAGCGUGGAAGAAUUUCUCUUCUAGUGUCAAUAUGAAUAAUGUGCUUGGAGAUGGUGCCAAUCCGGCUAAUGCCACUGGAGAAUCUACUUCUAUGUCUAUUAACAGACUCUUCCCGGCUCUGCUGGAAUGUUUUGGCAUCAUUAUGUGUGGAUAUAUUGCAGGAAGGGCAAAUGUCAUAAGUGCAACGCAAGCCAAAGGACUGGGCAACUAUGUCUCCCGCUUUGCUCUUCCUGCUUUGCUGUUCAAGAACAUGGUGGUUCUAGAUUUCUCCAACGUCAACUGGUCAUUUCUCUACAGCAUCCUCAUUGCCAAAGCUUCUGUGUUCAUCGUAGUCUGCGUGCUUACGUUAUUAGUGGCUGAUCCACAGUCUCGAUUCAGCAAAGCUGGACUUUUCCCUAUAUUUGCUACUCAGAGUAAUGAUUUUGCACUUGGAUAUCCCAUAGUUGAAGCCUUGUACCAAACCACUUACCCUAAAUAUCUUCAGUACAUUUACUUGGUCGCUCCGGUCUCCUUAAUGAUGCUGAACCCCUUGGGCUUUGUACUGUGUGAGAUACAGAAAUGGAGGGACAAUCCAAAUGCUUCCCACAGCAAAUUCAAGAUAUUGGGACUUGCUCUUCUCCAUGUCUUCCAGAACCCUAUAGUAUUUAUGGUAUUUAUAGGCAUUGCCUUUAACUUUGUACUCGGCCAGAAGAUCCCGAUUUACUUGGAAAACUUCUUGGAUGGCCUGGCAAGCUCCUUCUCUGGUGCUGCUUUGUUUUACCUUGGUCUUACCAUGGUCGGUCAGACUGGGAAACUUGAGAAGUCAUCAUUUGUUGCACUACUGCUGCUUAUCACAGCAAAGCUGCUGGUGUUGCCACUUAUCUGUAGGGAACUGGUGGAGCUCUUGGACAAGACUAGUGACAUGGCUAACCAUACAAGUUUAACUAACUAUGCAUUUCUCUAUGGAGUGUUUCCAGUGGCCCCUGGAGUUGCAAUCUUUGCCAGCCAGUUCAACAUGGAAUUGGAGAUUAUUACACCUGGUAUGGUAAUCAGUACCUUCGUGUCUGCUCCAAUCAUGUAUGUCUCUGCCUGGCUGUUGACCAUUCCCUCAAUGGAUGUCAAACCUCUAGUUUCUGCCCUACAAAAUGUCAGCUUUGAUAUUAGCAUCUUGAGCAUACUUUCCUUGAUCUGGUCCCUUGCUGUCUUGCUUUUGAGCAAGAAAUACAAGCGGCUUCCUCAUCUACUUACUUGCAAUUUGCUUCUUUCUCAGUUAAUUGCCUGUGUUGGAAUGAUGAUGUGGAACUUUAUCAUACAAGAGAGAAACGUGGUGGGGCAGAUUCUAGUCUUUGUCAUUCUAUACAGUGCCCUCUACAGCUCUUAUUUUUGGACAGGUCUCCUCUCUCUGUCCUUGAUUUUGUUAAAAAAACGAGAUGGGAAAGUUCCAGUUGCUUUUCUAGUGUUGGUUGGAUGGGGUGUCCCUGUGAUAGUUAUGUCUGUACUACUAAUUGCUGGGGAGCGUGACCUAGACAAUUUCGACUCUGCUUUCUUCUAUGGAACAUCCCAGAUUAUCUGCACAGCAGUGAUCUUGUCCUGCAGUAUUUUGUUGUCCGGCAUCUCUCUUAUGUGUAUGAGUCGAAGUGGCCAUGAUGGGAACUACCAUGUGUUGCCUCGCUCUUCCCUAAACAACAGCAACCCGUCGGUCAACAACAUGGAGGAUUCAAAGCCAGACAGUCCUGCUUUGGCCAGUGCUUCUUCACUUUCAACAGAAAGAGAUUUCUGUGCUUGCAACAAGGAGAAUGGAGAUUUGUGUCCUUCUGUGGAGUCAGCAGCUGCACUGAAUAUAAAUACACCUCCAAGCAUUGAGGAAGCACAUGAAUGCCUCAGCCGAUGCAACACUCAGAGAUGUGUAUUAUCCCAGGAGGAACAACAGAUCAACAGCGGAGAUGCACAAAUGACCAGACAUGUCUUGCUCUGCUUAUUUCUUGUUGUCGGCCUCCUUGCUAACGUUUCUAGUUGUUUCUGGUGGCUUUUUAACAUGGAACCAGGGAGACUUUACGUUGAGCUUCAGUUCUUCUGUGCUGUAUUUAACUUUGGUCAGGGUUUAAUUUCAUUUGCAAUUUUUGGACUGGACAAGCAUUUAAUUAUUCUUCCAUGCAAGAAAAGACUUGAGUUCCUUUGGAACAGAAGGGAAUCUAAUGUGAACGCUGAAGAACCAACAAGCCUUCCUGAAGAUAUACGAAUGACAUGUCAUCAGUUUGUGCAGUACCACAAAGAUCAGUGUAUCCGGAAUAUAGUCAAGGAGAGAAGGUGUGGUGCAAGGACCUCCCCAGGGGUCUUCUGGGGUUCCGAUCUGGUGAGCUGGCUUGUUGAGGUGGGACUUGCUCCUGAUCGAGGUGAAGCUGUGAAGUAUGGAGAGAGACUGCUGAAAGGAGGCGUCAUCCAGCACAUUACAAAUGAAUAUGAGUUUAGAGAUGAAAACUUCUACUAUCGCAUGCUGAAGAAGAGAAGGGUACCGACCCAGAGCAGCUACUAGUGGCUGGGAAUUCUGCAAGGUUGCAGGGUUAUUCCUAAUUUAUUAAACUAGAUGUAUGGGCUGACUUGUGAGAGUGUUUACCUGCAAGUGCAGUAUCGCCCAUGUUGUUAUGUUUAUAUAAGCUUGACAAGUUCAGUGUCAUUUUGCCAAGCAUUUUUACAAAACUGCACUUGAAAUCACAGAAUGUGCCUGGCUCAGUUAUACUUGAAACAUGCAUUUAUUCUUAUCAGGCACUGGUAUAAGUGACAGAACCAUGCUAUAACAUAAGCCAUAUAUGCAGGCAAUUCUUAGUCAUGCAGGAAUGUAUUUCAUGGACGGACUAUAUGUCCAGAUUGUGAAACCCUUCUGUAUUCUGCAAGGUAAGCAGUCACAAAUGUGACUGUCUCUCUAAUUAACAUUCUCUAAUACAUUCAUUAUUGCCACAUCAAUAGUGAUGUAAUUAUCCUAUUCAUGUUUUGUCAAGACAGUUUCUAGUUUAUUCGGUUUGGCAUUACAGGAAUAUUUUUUUUUAUAAACACAAUGACUGAUCAUUAUCUUACCACUGACAAGGGGUAGAAUGAUAAAGGCAGACUGACCUGAGAAAUGACUGGUAGCUGGGAAGUGCUGGGAAAUGCGUGGUGGCUUCUUACUCCAUUUUUAACAGGUUACAUUUGUGUUGUUCUUGCCAUCAACUAUUCAAUACUCCUGGUUACAGAUUGCAUUACUGCAAGCCAUAGCAUUGGGAGGGUUGUCAGAUAAGGCUUAGGUUUACAGCAAAGUUGGUUCUAGAUAAAAGGGGUUGCUAGUGUGCCUUUCAAAGUGUAUUGUGAUAGUGUGAUGAUGUCCGUAAAAUAUAAUUUCCCCCCGUGAUUAAAAUUACUUACCUGAUACCCUGGAAUUUUGCUCCUGUUUGCAGAAAACUGUACCAGCCUGAAGUACUACUGUAGAAGCACCAUGUAAUGUCUUUCCACUGCUUCUAACCUUGGGCUGGGGGGGGGGCAUGUAUAGUUGAUUGAAAGCCAUCUUUUUUUGCUUCUGAGUUUGACUUUUAAUUAAUUGUGCAAGAGCACCUGGUAGUACCCCUGGCCAGUGCAGUCUUUAACGAACAUACAUGUGCUUGACCUUUAAAUAUGCAUUCUGAUUUUGUCUUUUGUAGGACUUGAUGGAAAUUACUAUUAAUUCCAAUUGUGACUGAUAUUAUUAGUCAUACAGAUAGGGCCUUAUGUUGUUCAUUGCUAUAAAAGCAGUGGAUCACAGAGGUACUUCCCAUUGAAGGUAAAUGUUGCCAGACACAACCACCUUUUUUAUCUUCCCUGUAGAAACAUUUUCAGUAUCGGUAUCCAAACAUUUGGAUUUGGUAUCCAGACCACUACAACACAAUAAAGCUUCCUUAAAAACAAAGUGUAGCCCUUUUAAGGCCAAUUUUAAGACUAAAAUCUGAAGUAAUUAACAAUAGAGACCUGAAUUGGGCAAUGUCACCAGUUACUGUCUGAGUCUUGAGAAAAGUGUCUGUCCAUGAACACAUGCCAGUUAUUAAAGUGUCAACAAAGAGGAA